UCCUUUCAAGAUGUCUACUGUCCACGAAAUCUUAGGCAAGCUGAGCCUGGAAGGGGACCACGUUCCUCCUCCCAGCGUCUAUGCUACCGUCAAGGCGUAUUCAAACUUUGACGCUGAUAGAGAUGCUACAGCCAUCGAAACAGCUAUCAAGACCAAAGGAGUGGAUGAGGCCACCAUUGUGAACAUCUUGACAAACCGCAGCAAUGAACAACGGCAAGAUAUCGCCUUUGCCUACCAGAGGAGGACUAAGAAGGAACUGAGCGCAGCUCUGAAAUCUGCUCUGUCCGGACAUCUGGAGACACUUAUUCUAGGCCUUCUGAAGACACCUGCGCAGUACGAUGCCAGCGAAUUGAAAGCGGCCAUGAAGGGCCUGGGGACGGACGAAGAUACGAUGAUCGAGAUUAUCUGCUCGCGCAACAACCAGGAGCUCAAUGCAAUUAACAAAGUCUACAAAGAGAUGUACAAGACUGAGUUGGAAAAGGACAUCAUAUCAGACACAUCUGGCGAUUUCCGCAAGCUGAUGGUCGCCCUGGCCAAGGGAAGGAGGAAUGAGGACUGUUCCGUGGUUGACUACGAGUUAAUUGACCAAGAUGCCAGGGAGCUGUAUGAUGCUGGAGUGAAGAGGAAGGGAACCGACGUGGCUAAAUGGAUCAACAUCAUGACCGAAAGGAGCGUCCCUCACCUCCAGAAAGUGUUUGAGCGGUACAAGAGCUACAGCCCCUACAAUAUGGAGGAGAGCAUCAAGAAGGAGGUCAAGGGAGAUCUGGAAAACGCAUUCACCCACCUUGUCCAGUGCAUUCAGAACAAGCAGCUGUAUUUUGCUGACCGGCUCUAUGACUCCAUGAAGGGCAAAGGAACGGACAAGGUCCUGAUCCGGAUAAUGGCUUCCCGCUCUGAAGUUGACAUGCUGAAAGUCAAGAGCGAAUUCAAGAGGAAAUGAAAGUCCCUCUAUUACUUUAUCCAGCAAGACACAAAGGGAGAUUACCAGAGGGCCCUCCUGAACCUGUGCGGAGGAGACGACUGAAAACUGUGACGGAGAGGACCCAUCCUCACCCAGAUACGUGUCGUCUGCUUUCCUUCUCCUCCUGCCAAACUAGACCCCGUCAUCGACACACUAACUCUCCUGUUCUCUGCAUUUGCAAGACUCGAUACCCUCGGUUGCUUCUGUGUAUCCCCCUAACUUGGCUCUGCGUGGCUUUAACCCAAGUAGCUAACCUUAAAGUGGGAGUGGUGAGGAGGCUGGAGAAAUUCACAUUCCAGAGAGAGAGAGAGAACAAGGCAAACCUGUGCUGUGAAAGAUUCUGCCUCUUUGUAUUACAUGCCUGUCAAAAGUACAAAUAAAAGUGGAAUUUUUACUUUA